AUGCCCACCCCCGGCUAUAUCUUCCGUGAUGGCGGUGCCACUCCACCUCUAGAAGAGAAUCCAGCCUCAGAGGUUCGAAAAAGAAUCAGCCAGCCCGCAAAACCGCUGGCGGUAGCCUCUCGGCCGCCUCUUGGUCAGAAUACUUCCACCAGCCAUCAACUGGCAACUGCCCAACAUGACAUCCUGGGUACUGCCCAAAAGGCCGGUAAGGAGGAUCACAUUACAAAUCUAGGAUGGCAAGCCAACGCUGUGGGUGUAGAUACUUUGGUUGGAGGUCUGCCGAAUGAGGAACUAUGGACACUCCAAAUGUACCAUGUCAAGCAAGUUCUCGUGGCUCCUCCAGGCGGACUGGAUCUCAACAUUGCGGAUGAAGAUGAAUUCUCCCCGGACAAACUUCGUGCCAACCUUGAACGUCUUUAUAUGACUGUUGUUGUUGGUGUCAUCGGGUUUGGGAAGCAUAUUGCAAGAUUGAGAUCCUGGCACGAGCCUAUACGAACAUCUGUGUUUGCGAUUGCCUACUUCCUCGCAUGGAUGUUCAAUCUCAUCAUGCCAACACUGCUCAUCUUCAUUAUCGUACUUAUCACCGUACCCAAGUCUCGGCGUAUCGUUUUCCCACCUACACCUCUCGCUCUUGUCAGUCACAAGACAGGUGGCAUCCAAAAACCCAAGGCUGGUGUACUUGGAAGUCAUGACAGCGUAACAGGGGCACCUGAGAAAUACAAGGGAGAAGCCGUGGAGCAAGAAGCCAGCAACUUGGUCUCCGGCAUCGCUUCAGUUGCUAUUUCCAGCGCCGCCGGUCGUCAUGACCAAGCGGCACCAGACGACGAAGGAGGUAGCAAGGCACUGGAUAGUGGAAUGCCUGAUCCUACCAAACUAGCCAGCACUGCCGCUGAUGCUUCUUCUUCAGCUCAAGGUGGCGAGGAAACUCACGAUAAGACCAAACAACCAAUGGAAGCUGCUGUGUGGAAACAAAUGCGUCCAGUUAUGCAUGUCAUUGGAGAUAUCUCCGACGCUUGGGAGCGAUUUGCAAAUGCUCUAUCACCAACGCCACCCUUCUCCGACGACAAACGGCUGCAACUUGGGGCGAUAUUUGUACCCUUGCUUUUGAUUUCUCUCAUUACCAAGCCUCAAUGGGUCAUGAAGGGAUCAACGUUCUUUGGCGGCUUCGUUUUCUUCUCCGAUCCGCUGAUGAAAAGAGGAAUUGAGCUGUUGAACGAAAAGGUCCCUGACUGGCCCAAAUACCUUGAGAUCCGCAAUACGCUACUCAAAGGCGUCCCUACCAACGCUCAGCUCACUGUUACUUUACUGAGAAUUGGUGAGGCCAAUCGGGCACCUCUCCCUCCACCUCCUCGUUCCCACCAACCACCACCUGAUGAGCCGGCUGACUUGGAUAAGGCUGCUAUUACUGCUAACGGGUUAAAUGCUACGCAAUCAGAGAUUGAAGAUGUUGUCACAGUGGAUGGCCCAACAACCGAGGAAACAGAGCAACCAGAAGAAGGAACCCCCAAAAAGAAAAGCGGAUUUGGUGCCAAAGUCAUGUCCACACUUAAGCAUGGCACGGCUGGCGCUGUAGAGACAAAAUUGGCAACUGACUCGGCCCGAGCAACUUUAGGUUCACACCAUGCGAAGGAGAAGCUGGGGGUUCUACCAUCCAAACGAGAGCAAAAGAGCAAGCCAGUUGAGGGGCCUGUCGAGUUCAAGGCGCGGUACAAUGGCCGGAAAGGAGCCGUCUACAUCGACAGUUCCAUAUCUGGCCCCAGUGGAAAGAGACCUGCUUCUCCUUGUGUCUACUUCACCCGUCACCUAGAUCAAAACGAGAUCGUCGAGAGCAUGCCUUCCGAUCCUGAGUGGGCCGUGGCUAUUGCAGACCUCACAGAGGUAAAGAAAAUCGGUGGGCUGGGUUGGAAAGGCAAGAUUGUAGUGGGCUGGGCUACAAGCAGGGAAGUGAAGGAUGGAAUCGAGUUGGUGGCCAGGGAUGGGUCGGUCUAUCGCGCCAUGGCGAUCAAAGAACGUGACGAGCUCUUCAAUCGUGUUAUUUCUAUGGGUCAACAGGUUUGGGAAAGCUAUUAA